AUGUCGCACGGCAGCACGCACCACGUCGAGCUCACGCGCGUGAACCGCACGCUGAAGGAGUGGGAGAAGUCGCAGACGAUGAAGUCUCACGAGAUGCGGAUAAAGACCGCGAAGUCGUCGUUGUCCGAGGUGUUCAGCGCCCGAGACGCGCGCGCUCGCGGACGCUCGCCGUCGCGCUCGCCGCUCCCCGCGACGCCUUCGCCGGGAGAGGGCGCGGUCCCGACGCGCCGCCAGCGCGCGGCGGCGUCGCGCGCGGCGCCUUUAUCCCCGGCGAAGGACUUCCUCGCGUUCGCGACGAAUCUGAGACCGAACGAGAACGCCGCCGCGGCCGCCGCGCGCUCGCCGAUGACGCCCGCGUCGCGCGGCGCUCUGAACGUCGCCGCGCGCGGCGGCGGCGGCGCCGUCGGCGCGCGAAUCAACUCGCGAUACGCCGCGUCGCCGAGCCCGAGCGCGCCCGCGGAGCCGGAGCCGUUCCAUCGCGUGCGGACGUCCCCGGACGUCGCCGCGGGCGCGCUGCAACGACGCGCGCCCGGGAGCGCGCCCUCGCCGGAGUUCGCGGCGGCGUCCUCGUCCGGCGGCGCGCGACCGAGCAGCGGACGGUCCGUCGCCGCCUUCUUGAAGCGCAAGCAAGCGAGAGACGAGCGCGCGAGACGGUUACGCGAGGAGGAAGGGACGGCGACGGCGGCGACAGCGGCGACGGCGGCGACAGCGGCGACGGCGGCGACAGCGGCGACCGCGGACGACGCCGCCGCCGGUCUCGAGACCGCGGUCGUCCUGGACACGACCGCGGACGAGAGCGUCGUCGGCGUCGCGAACGCGAUCUCCAAGGCGCUCUCCCCGAGCUCGCUGUCGCCCGUGCAGAGCGCCGCGCGGGCGGUGUUCGGUCGCCUCCACUACGUCCGAGACGACGAGGAAGACGACGACGAGGAAGACGACGACCAGGGCGUGUCGAAGAUGGCUAGCCUCCUGGACGGCGUCUCGGAAGAGGAGGAGGAGGAGGAGGAGGAGGAGGAGGAGGAGGAGGAUCCCGUAGUGGACGACGACGACGCGGGAGACGCGCCCCCCCUGUCGAGCGUCCUCCCGACGCCGGCGACGACGCCGAGCCCGCUCAAGUCGUUCGCCGCGGCGUCCUCGCUCGCGGAGCUCCGGCACGCGCCGCCGCCAUCGACGCUCGCCGGGGUCGCGUCCUCGCACUCCGGGCGGUACGCGCCGUCGACGCUGCGCGGCGAGGAUGUCGACCUGGACUCGACCGCGAUCGACGUGGACGACGACGCGGGCGGCGGCGGCGGCGGCGGCGGCGGCGGGGACGUCGAGGCAUACAGCGGCGAGGGCGAGGAGUUGUUCGGCGUGGACGACGAGGACCUGUCGCCGUUUAAGAUGCCGUCGCCGAGCGUCUUGAAACAGGCUGCGGCGGCGCACGCGAGGAGCAUGAGCCUCACGAAGAGCGGGCUGGUCGCCGCGCUGAACGCGGAGGCUGCGGAGGCGGGCGUCGCGCGCGACGAGGCGUCGGACGACGACGACGAGGCGUCGGACGAUGACGACGAGGAGGACGACGACGGACGCGUCGCGUCGAAGGGCGCCGCGGGGCUGCGCCGAGGAGGACGCGGGUAG